AUGAAGCCUGUUAUCCGCUCUCACUCUCCACUCAGCGACCUUCCUAUCGAGAUUCUCUUGAUCAUCUUCAAAGAAGCAGCCCAGCCGACGUUUUCCCAAAGGGAGAAAUAUGAUAAUAAAAAUCCUUACUCAACCGCCCUAUCCCUAUGUCUCGUCUCUCGACUUGUCAGACGUACCAUCCUCCCCGAUUUCCUGCACACGAUCUUGCUCCGCCGACGUCGCAGCGUGGAGAAGUUCGCAAAUGCUCUGCUUAUGCAGAAAGCGUACGCUGAGAAGCAAAGCGAUCUUUUCUUCGACUAUACCUCCGUUGUACAGAGGAUGUGGAUUUGUGACGCAUUUGACUAUUCCCUCAAUGCACAAGCCCAGUCCUGGGACUCAUGGAUGGACGUGAUGGUCGAAUCUCACUUAAAAGAGAUUGAGCUCAAGCGCAACAUGAGCGUGCUUCUUCCUGUGAUCCUUGCUGCGCCAGCACUUGUGAUUGACCGCCGCCAUUUAAAGCUUGUCCUUGAGCUUGAGGGCGCGGAGAACGCUUGGUCUUCCCGCACCGAUCACAAUAUCAGCGGACAAUCCACUUUUUCUGGGAAAACCAAAAGUUUGACGAUAAUACGUCAAAGCAUCAACCAUGUCCUGAACGUAUUCCGGAACAUUUCCAAAGGAUCUGUUUUCCUUGCAUCAAUCCAGCGUCUCACUUAUCUAACCGAUUUGGCUGAGGACUCAUGCAUUUUUCGCGGCAUCAGCAGUGGCGUAGACUCGCCAAAAAAUCCGCUGUCUCUUUGGAUGCGCGACCUUCCGUGGGCUCAUAUGAAGAGCCUUGAAACCUUUUCAGUGGUCUACCCGCAUCUGCCUGCCCCCUACGAUUUCCAGUCAUAUGUCACAAGGGGACUAGACUUGCAUGUGGAGCGACUCACGGUGUCUGCUGCCCUUUACAAGCAGGGCCCUGAAUCCUUCCCGUGGGUGACACCACCAUUUCCUGUGACGGAUCCUGGAACGAAGAGGACAGAAUCGGAUGGUCUGUCCUUCGAGGUUUCACGUGACAAGACCCACUUGACACAAGCGUUUUGCUCGUGGGAUAAAGCUUGGGCUUCCGGGUUAACCGACGGAUGAGGUGGUGUUAUGAAGAUGAUUUAACUUAGAUAUGUGCCCGCUCGUAUUCGGGUCUGCUUCUUACUGUACUCUCACCAUAGACUUCCCAUACCCAAUAGAUAGGACGGAGACUGUAUGAUUCAUGAGCCAUUA